GGCUUGCCCCUUCAGCGCCGGCCGGCUGUGUGUAGGUGGGUGGCUGGUCCAGAGGGCCCUGGCCGAGGUGAGGCUCCCGCGGUCCUGUCGCUUUGCAGUAAGUUGGGGAGGCCUCAGGCCGGGGCUGCCUCCUGCCUACCUCGGAUUCCAAGGUGGUUCCCAGAUGGCUGCCAAGUCCUGCUCCCGGGCUCCGGGCGAGAUGCCUCUGACCUUCCAGGAUGUGGCUGUGUACUUCUCCAGGGCAGAAGGGCAGCAGCUUGGCCCCCAGGAGCGGGCGCUGUACCGGGAUGUGAUGUUGGAGAACUAUGGGAACGUGGCCUCGCUGGGUUUCCCAGUCCCUAAGCCAGAGCUGAUCUCCCAGCUGGAGCAAGAGGAGGAGCUGUGGGUCCUGGAUCUUCUGGGGGCCGAAGAGCCAGAAGUCUUGAGAAGUUGCCAGACAGAUUCUGAGAUUGAGACCGAGAAGGAGCUAUCCAUUUUAAACAAGAAAUGUUCAGAAGAAGUAAAAACCCCAGAAUUAAUAUCACAAAAAUCCCUAAGGGCUAAUUCACAGACAUCUGAGUCCCAGGAAGCUUGGGACCAUGGAGGUCAGGGAGAAGGGAACCAUGGGAGCCCUGCUACUCACAGUUCAAAGAGAGUUGCUCAGAAGGACUCUAUAGUCUGCAGGGAACAAGGUCAAGAGAACACCCAGACUUCUGCAUUUGACAGACAAAGUGUUGUUACAAUUCAAAGAAAUAAAACGGGGCAGAGAACCUUUAAAUGUGACAUAUGCAGUAAAACAUUUAAAUAUAAUUCAGACCUAAGUCGGCAUCGCAGAAGUCACACUGGGGAAAAGCCUUAUGAAUGUGGUCCAUGUGGGCGGGCUUUUACUCACAGCUCAAAUCUUAUUCUUCACCAGCGAAUUCACACUGGGAAUAAACCAUUUAAGUGUGAUGAAUGUGGGAAAACUUUUGGGCUCAAUUCCUAUCUCCGUCUGCAUCAGAGAAUUCACACUGGAGAAAAGCCUUUUGGGUGUAAUGAAUGUGGGAAGGCCUUCAGUAGAAGUUCAAGCCUUAUUCAACAUCGCAUAAUACACACAGGAGAGAAACCGUACAAGUGUAAUGAAUGUGGGAAGGCCUUCAGCCAGAGCCCUCAGUUAACUCAGCACCAGAGGAUUCACACGGGAGAGAAGCCGCAUGGAUGCAGUUGGUGUGGAAAGGCCUUCAGUCGGAAUGCAAGCCUUAUUCAGCACCAGAGGAUUCACACGGGAGAGAAGCCCCACAAAUGCAGUCAGUGUGGGAAAGCCUUCAGUCAGAGCUCCAGCCUUUUUCUUCACCACAGGGUCCACACUGGGGAGAAGCCCUAUGUGUGCGGUGAAUGUGGAAGGGCCUUCGGCUUCAAUUCUCAUCUCACUGAGCAUGUGAGGAUUCACACUGGGGAGAAGCCCUAUGUUUGUAACGAGUGUGGCAAAGCCUUCAGCCGCAGUUCCACUCUGAUGCAGCACCGCAGAGUGCAUACGGGGGAGAAGCCGUAUCAGUGCGCCGAGUGUGGGAAGGCCUUCAUCCAGAGCUCCCAGCUCACCCUGCACCAGCGAGUACACACCGGAGAAAGGCCUUAUGAAUGUGGCCUCUGUGGGAAGGCCUUCAGCCGGAGAUCAGCCCUCACUCAGCACCAACGGAUUCACGUGGGCGAGAACGCACAGGAAUUUGAGUGUGGCUCGGGUUUUGUUUAUGACCCCAGCCAUCUGCCCACUGGAGAGAGGCAUGGCAGGGCCUUCAGCCACAGUGCUAAACUUGUUCUGCAGUGGACAAUACGAAGCGAUGAAAAGUCCCGGGAUUGUAACGAAUGUGGGAAGACUCUUAGCACUUCCUCCCAACCCAUGGAAUAUCAGAAAAUCCAAGCUGGGGAGAAGCCCUAUAAAUGCCAGGGAUGUGGAGGUAAAGCUGGUGGUGGAGUGUCACCCCUUACUCAACAUCAUGUGACUCGUGUUGGAGAGAAACCACAGUUGAAUGAUGGAUCUGAAAGAUACUUAAUUCAUAUCAAAAAGAUUUUUCCAGACAGACAUUUUUAAUGUGAUAAAUGUAGAAAACAAUUUAGAAACUUUGUUUUACAUUAGGUAGGAUGGCAUAAUGAAAAUGAAAUAAACUAACAGACUUGCAUGUUAGGAGGCUGGGGCCAUGUGGCCUAUUGUGUCUACUCACCCCACCACCCCCCCCCGUGCCCAGGGUCCUGACUGACUCAACACAGCAGGCCACCUUAGCAUCAGGUCGAGCUCAGGUCUUUAUCACAGGGUCGAGUUUCAACACUAAAGAGCAGCUGAUGGAAGGUUUCAAGAUAACAACACAUUUUUCACUGGUGACCGUAAGAGAGAGACCCGGAGAUCUGGGGAAUUUGGCCUGUCACCUUUGAGAGUAUUGAUGACGCUAAGGACAAGCUGUGGCCAUGAAUGGCCAGCAUGUCGACAGUCUGGGGACCGGGGUGGCUCUGCCAGUGGCUGGCUGGACUAAAUAUAGGUUCUCUAGGUGUAGAGAAGACCUGGAAGUUUGUGGGGGAGGGCAGCCACCGUGAGGCGAGGAGUGGAGGCUACGGAGUCACCAACACAGUUAGCUGUGCUAACCAGAGCUUAGUGCCCACGGUGGCAGCAAGGACAGCUACAAAGAGUAAAGCUGCUGCUGGAGGUUGUCCUGGUGGCUGUAAUGUAAAGACUUCCUGUUCUUCGCUGAAGUAGGCACGUGCAGCGAGCAGAGCUUGUCAUUUCUCUUCUGCCAACACUGCCCGACUACCGCUGACCCCAGGCAUCCUCAUGACUAAGUGUUUCUUUUUAAGGAAGUGCUGGCCUUGUUUUAUUUUUUAAGUGUUUUGCCGGGCACUUGAGCAACAGAGACAAGUAGAUCUCUGUGAGUUUGAGGUUCUAGAUCAGCCACAGACCCUGUCUCAAAAAAAGUUUUGAAAGGCAUUUCAUAUUUUACUUUUUUUUUUUUUUUUACUGUGACUCCUGUUUUGUUUAAGACUGUCAACACACCUGUGUGAAUUGUUUCUUACUGGUUUUUUUUGUUUUGUUUUUUUUUUGGGGGGUGGGGAUGUUGGUUGUAUUGCCUUUUUUCACUGUCUGCUGGGGUUAUCCUGGGAGGUUAGGUACCUCCACUCAGAGAACUGAAAGCAAGUAGACUCUGAAUCUACCUUUCUUGUGGAAGUUGAGCCAGCUGUGGUUUUCUCCAACUCCAUAUAAUCUUUCUCAGCGAGGUACGGUUGGAUGGGCACCAGUUAGCCGCAGGGCUGCCUGAGUCCAGCCUGUACACCGGCCAUGCCAUGUGCCCCAGUGUCAGCUCAGACACUGGCGGUUCUUGAUGAGGUUUAUCUGUACUUUUUUACUGGAAGGUGUAGGAAUAAGCCAUUAAUGUUGUAUUUGCAGUGGCUGAUUCUUCUACUCCGUUCCCUUCGGCUUUAUGAAGCCAAUUAAAAGGCUGUGAAACACAAUU